UGUCCCUGCGCUCGCGCUGUAGUGUUUUGCCGGGAGACGAUUGACCAAGCUAUGCUGCAGAACUAAACUUUAGUUUCAUAAUGGACGCCUUUUCUUAAAAAUGAAACUAAAGAAGAUAGAAACUAUACGAAGAGAAAUAACGUUAUGUAAAACAAAAGGAAAACUUUACAUAUUCGUGUUAAGCAACGCAGACCAAUAGGAAUGUUGUGGUUUCCAAGAAGACUGGCUUUAAACUUAGGACCCUAGCGGACGGAAACCCCGACUCAGGACCGCCAUGGCUGCUACGCUGCCCCGAGCCGACGGGCACGGCGACCGGAGUACAACAGGCAUGGACAGGAGUGGGAGCUUCUUUAAGCUGAUAGACACGUUUGCGUCGGAGAUCGGGGAGCUGAAGCAGGAGAUGGUCCAGACCUCCACAGCGAUGGACAGAGACCCUGACCCUGUGAUCCUACAGGGGUUGGAGGGCGAGGUGAGCGGCGUUUACCUCCAGUCGCUGGCUUGCGCCAGCUCCGUUGGCGAAAGGGAUUCUGGGUACGACUCCCUGCGGAGGCGGAUGAGCGUUUUGGACAGACUGAGGCAGACGCACCCUGUGUGGCUACUGCUUGCGCUCAGUGACGAGGAGUCCACACAAAUACUGCUUCAGCAGACACCGGGGGUGUUUCUGGUGAGGAAGUCAUCCACGCUGCAGAGGAAGGUUCUCUCCCUCCGGGUCAGUGGCGAUGACGCCUCGGGACGAUCCCUCGUACGUGACUUUCCCGUCAGAGAGAGCCAGUACACCUUCUCUUUGGACGGAUCUGGGAUCAGUUUCGCAGAUCUGUUUCGCCUGGUGGCCUUCUACUGCAUUAGCAGAGACGUCCUGCCAUUCCCCCUCAAGCUCCCAGAAGCCAUUGCGUCUGCCAAGACUCAGAAAGACCUGGAGGAGGUAGCCCAACUGGGAGCAGGAUUCUGGCACUCUGCUCUGGGCAGCCUUCGGAGGACUGUCUCUCCGUGCCGCCCUCCACCCCAGCGCCCCCACAGAGAGAGCCGGCGCGCUGAGGAGACAGACGGGAGACAGGGCGUAACCCGGAGCAGUAGUGUCCCCCCGGCCCGACCUCACUCCUCACCCUCCUCCUGCCUGGAGAGAAGCCAGUCCAACGGGGCGCUUUGUUUCGUCAACCCCCUCUUCCUGCAGACUCACCGACGGCUCCAGGAAGAGCCUCCAUCCUCUCCAUCGCCUUCAUCCUACGUCCCGCCCGCACCUUCAGCCCCCGGACCCAGCAGUGGGGUGUCUUCCCCUGUCACAGACCCCGACAGAGAAGCCGGGACCCUGAAGGUGAACGGGAAGUCGCGCCCUCCUCGGCCCCCGCCCCCCCGCACGCUGUCCCGGCGCCGCCAAGCUCCCCUUCCCCCCAUCGCGCUUCUCCAGAAGCCCAGCAUGCCCAAGACGACCGCUGCUGUUGUCGUUGCUAGGGAACCGCCGCAACCCGCCAGUCAGAGUCGCCGUCCCGCCCCCCGCCCUCCCAUGGGGCCCCGGCACAGCAGCCCGUCCAAAAAGAGCGGGAGCAGCGCCCCAAUCCCUGUGCCCCUCCAACAUCCUCCUCCCCCACGCCCCAAAAAGCCGGACAUCGAUGCCCACCGGUGCCACAUCGCCCUUGACGACGAGACCAUCGCCAAGGCAUUGUCCCGCACCAAGCUGCCCCCAUGCCAGGUGCCCACCCUCCCCUCGAACUCACUGGAGGAAGGGGCAGGAAUGAGCCCCCCUAGCCCGGAUAAGAACCCAAGGCGUGAGGGGAGGCUGAGCGACAUGUCCAUCUCCACGUCCUCCUCAGACUCCCUGGACUACCCCCACCCUCCGCUCUCCCUCCCCCCCAGCCCCCCGUGCCUGCCGGGACCCCGCCACGCCGACCGCCAGGACAGCAGCGACGACGACGACGACGACCUCGAGGAGGACGACGACGAGGACUACGGCGUCAGCCUGGAGAACGACCUGGACCGGGGUCUCCGUCCUCCAUUCAAAUCCCGCCGGCGAGGGCCCAGAAUCGGGGUGGCGUUGAGCGGGGGGCCCUUCAUCAUUCCUAAAGCCUUGAAGGGACAGUUCCGGAAAGUGUCCGGAGUUUUCAGCACCUUCAUGACCCCAGAAAGGAGGACCGUCAGGAGGAUAGCGGAGCUGUCCAAGGACAAGAGUACCUACUUUGGAUGCCUUGUUCAGGAUUACAUCAGUUUUGUCCAGGAGAACAAAGGAUGUCACACGUCUCAGUUGGAUCUGCUUCAGACUCUCAGGCAGUUCAUGACCCAGAUGAAGGCUUACCUGACCCAGAGCUCCGAGCUGGACCCGCCAAUAGAGUCUCUCAUACCCGAGGACCAGAUUGAUUCAGUACUGGAGAAGGCCAUGCACAAGUGUGUGCUGAAACCCCUGAAGGGUGUGGUGGAGACAACCCUACAUGACUUCCAGGUGAGCAGCGGAGGCUGGCAACAGCUGAGGGACAACUUGGCCCUUGGCAAGAAGAGCCGAAAGGAAGGGCCCCAGGGACCUGGGCGUGGAACGGGGCCGUUCCUUCCGUCCACACCGGACCCCGUGGCCAUAGAGAGAUCCGCCACAAGUUUCACAACAUGACCAAGAUGUAACUCCCCGGAUAAGAAGGUGUCGCUGCUACUUACCGAGUGUCAAGCUAUCUACACCAUCAUGCAGGAUAACUCAGGGAGGAUGUACGGGGCAGAUGACUUCCUCCCCAUGCUGACCUAUGUCCUGGCCCAGUGUGACAUGCCCCAGCUGGACAACGAGAUCAUCUACAUGAUGGAGCUCCUUGACCCCUCGCUGCUGCACGGAGAAGGUGGCUACUACCUGACCAGCGCCUACGGGGCCAUGGCUCUCAUCAAGAACUUCCAGGAGGAGCAGGCGGCGCGCGUCCUGAGCUCCGAGGCCAGAGACACACUCCACCAGUGGCACCGUCGACGCACCGCCCAACGCACGGCGCCCUCUGUUGACGACUUUCAGAACUACCUACGAGUCGCCUUACAAGAUAUCAACAGUGGCUGCACGGCCAAAACCCUCCUAGUCCACCCGUACUCCACCACAGAAGAAGUCUGUUCGCUCUGCGCCUACAAGUUCAAAGUCCUCGACCCGGAGAACCACGUCCUCUUCCUGGUCACUGAGUCGACCAGUCAACAGCUGGCGCCGGACACACACCCCCAGCGAAUCAAAGCGGAGAUCCACAGCCGCCCCAACUCCAAACCGUUUCACUUCGUCUACCGCAGGGUGACCAACCUAAACCUGUUUAUUCCGGCUAACUCAACCCACCAGCACAAUGGCAACUGCCUGUUGCCAAGCCAACUAGAUGAAUGAAACUCUAUUCGGAUUCAACUUUAUAGAUUGGAGGAACACGCAAGACAGAUUAGGGCUCUGGUAGCUGGUGGAACAAGCGUUCCACUUGGCCGCUGAGGCUGAGCUAACAUAGCCACUGUACAGGUGCCAGAGUUGCGCUGAAUGAGGGAGAUGUAGAAUGUGUACUGUAUGUUUAAACUAUGUGGUCGGGGGAAUGUUUUGUGGUUUGAUGUCGAUUUGAAUCGAGUAGAAUUCACAUCAACAUCCCAAGUGAAAAAAAUAAAUAUAUCCUGUUCUUCUAAAACCGCCGGAAAGAGGAAGUAGAUUUACAGGUGUUCCUAGGGUCUGCAUGCAUUUCAUUGUCUUUUUUAGGGAGUACCAGGAGUUGGUUGGGCAGGUCCAGCGUGGACUUUGUUGGGGCUAAAUGUUCAUAACGGGAGGUCCACUUUAUGGUGGCCACAGAGCAGGAAAGACAUCCAUAUUCCACUGUGCAACCUCUUAGAAUCAACUGAAAGAUGUCCUAAAAGUUUGUAGGCCCAGAGGCUUGAAGGAGGCAUUAUGAGACACGCUUUUGCGAAAAGCAGACAAGCCCAUUGGAUUUCACAGUUUUUUAUAUGACUUCAGGUAUCAUGAAGUUGAACACAUGCUUUAUUAAGCUAGGGACUUGUACAUUUUAGAGGAUGUGGCGCCCCCUAUGCCUUAGCAACAGUAUGAAAAUGUAUAUCCAUUCUAAAGCGGUGGUACUGAAGCCAGUAUCUGUCAAUUUUUUCUUUCCAGCCUCCUAAUCAGGGACACCAGGUGGGUGCCAUUAAUGAAGAGGUAGAACAGAAGGUGAGGUCUCUGAUUAGCGGUUUUCAAUGGAAAAAGGGAACUGGCUUCGAAUGGCCAGGUUUGAACACCACUGUCCUACAGUAUAUCUGUGCUUUGCAAUACCAUUAUACAACGAUAUCAAUGAAUAUAUUUUCCUGUAGGACGUUUCUUAGAAUUUCUUUGCUGCAAUUGCUGGUCAACUGUAGUGUGUAAGUGCAGAAUGUGUUUGCGUAUGAUAAAUACGUUAUUUGGAGUGAGCACCCUCAUGCUGAACAACCUGAUGCCAGUAAUUCAAACCAAGAAAUAUUUCUGAGCAAUGCGACAAGAACCUGAAUUGACUCAACUCAAAGUUUGUCUCGAGUGCUGCAGCAAAUUGUUCUCGUAAGUUGUUAUUUCAAGACAUAGUGUUAUGCUAUUUUUGUUUCUAUCUAUUAACUAGGAGUUGCAGGUUGACUCCUAUUAAACUAUAUGUUAAAUGGUAUAGUGUGCAUUCUCAUUGUUUUACUGAGAGAGUUUGGUGAGCAUUGAGCAAUCUCUAAAAAGGAAAAGGACCAGAGUUUAAUGAAAUGUGUAUUGUACAGUCAGUUUAUAUUCUGAUAAUCUUAUGUUGUAAUCUAACUAGGGAUUAACAUUUCUAAUUCUGUAUUACGGCACAUAAUGUAAUACUGCCCUAUCACACACGGACUGCCAUCAGCUGGGCCAUUCUGGAUUUAUUGUGAUGUUUUUUCAUAGAUGUUGUUUAUAUCAUUGAGAUGUAUUUUUGGUACCAAACUGAUGAAGUGUCUGAUAGUGAUGCUUGUGAUAAGUAAUAUUAAUAAUGACACAUCCAAUAAUACAUUUUAGGUCAAUUCAAGUUGUGGUCAGGUCUUGAAUGUGCUGAAUUGAUAUAGGGAAUACUUUUGCUCUCAAUGCUACUUCCUUUUAUCAAAAUUGACUGACUUCAAGUGACAUUGGGUCUAGAGACUCCCAACUAACAACCCUAUCCUCAGAGUCAUGAGGUACUAAAAGGGUGUGAUCAUUUUCUUUGAAUUUUAAUUUCCCCUCAGUAAAAAUUGUCCACUAGGGAGAAUGCUCAAGGUCCUAUAUUUUUGUAAAAUACUGUAUAUUUUUAGUGGUAACACCAAGGAUAUAAAACGGAGGGACAUACAUACAAAUAUAAAUCUUGGAAUACCUUUAGUUAUUUAAAUGUAUUUUUUUACCCUCAAGCUUUUAAAGUUAUGAUAGAUCUACAUUUCACUACACCUCUACAUAGUGUGACAAGCCAAUUUGCUAGGCACCCAGUAGUUUCUGCCAUGCCUAAAUCCUAGAUAUUCUACCUUAUAAAAACUAAUAUAUGAAGUAUGUUUGCUUAAACAUUUUCAAAUUAAAUGGAACAUUUAUUUGA